AUGAAAUCUAGAGGUAUAGAUAAAGUAUGGAGGGCAGCACCCCUUCCGCAAACCUUCCAGACCGCGCUAGAAUCUGGUGAUUGGGUGCGGGCCCUUCACAUUUACCAGCGCCAUCCGUAUCAUGCCCCUCCUUCCGACACGUAUGACCUCCUGAAGAGCAUCAUGCAUGCCACGGGUAUUGGGGUCGAAGAUGUGAAAAGCCGUUUCAAUGAAAAGAUUACCCUGUCCGCGAUAUUUCAGCGCAAGACACCCGAGGAGGUGGAAUGGGGGGCGUAUUGGGAGGCCCUGAACAACGGCGAUGGCAAGAUCAUUAGCGCGGCGCUCAGCGGCGCCUCCGUUUCCGCGCCGGCGCAGCAGAUCGCCAUCGCCGAGGCCUGUGCCGUUUUGUUGAAGGCCGCCGGCAAGGACUGGGAGAAGAAGCUGGUGGACAGCACCCCUUUUGCCACGGUGACACGCAGCAACCUCGCCCAGGUUUCCCUGAUGCGGCAACGGUCGGACGUCGCGGUGGAUAUUCUGCGCCAUACUCGCUUCACCCGCGCCGACGUCUCAGUGAUUUGGCCGCUAAUGUCACAGUUUGGGUGGAAGGAGGUGCUUCAGAUGAUAUCCGCCUGCCCCAAGAACUCGGUUCCGUACGACCAGGUGCUGCCGUUUAUUUUAAAGAGUGGUUGUAGCCUGCAGACGCUAUCGGAGCACUUAGAGCAGGCGCGUGUGCUAAGCGAUGUGGAUGUGGUGGCGCCACUUAUUGCAUAUGCGAUCGAAACUCAGAAUUGGGAUUAUAUCGAUCGUGGCAUGGAGCACCUGGUGGAUAUUGGACAAGUAGCCGCAGCAGCACGCGAUGCUUUUACGCACCUUUGCAAGCUUCAUGGUCACGCGAAGGUAUGUAAAGCUUUGCAAGAUCAUAAUCUAGAGCUAUCUAAGUUAACAAUUAAGCGUCUGGAGCUCCUUCGUUUGUGAUUCGUUCUCUUCGCAUUGCAAAAUUUGGAGCAUAAAAGUAAUACGUUAUAGUGUUUCUAUAUCUUACUCUGCUAAAUUUUACUCCGUCUUCUCAUAAUACUUGUUUCAGAAGUCUUAGAUCAGCCUUUUUUUUCUACCAAGAUAGUACUUCAACAUCACCAAUAAGAGUCAGCAGCAACUUCAGUAUAUAUCAUUUGUCACUGUCAUCUACUCUGUUGUAAAGCUUUCUGUGA